GUCAGCUUAGCUCUUCUCUGCAGCAGGACCUUACCUGUUCCUUCCCUCGCCGGCAUCUUUAGUGUGGGCACACGGCUGUCCACAGUAGGUCCACAGUAUACUGGUCAUCUCCUGUACUGUCUGCAGUCCUGUACUGUCUCUCUGGUCAUCUCCUGUACUAUGUUCGCAGUCUCUGGUCAUCUCCUGUACUAUGUCCGCAGUCUCUGGUCAUCUCCUGCACUGUCUGCAGUCUCUGGUCAUCAUCUCCUGUACUACUGUCCCCUGUAGUCUCUGGUCAUCUCCUGUACUAUGUUCCGCAGCAGUCUCUGGUCAUCUCCUGUACUAUGUCCUGGCACUGUCUCUGGUCAUCUCCUGCACUGGUGUCUGCAGUCUCUGGUCAUCAUCAGUCCUGUACUAUGUCAGUCUCUGGCAGUUUUUUGGUCAUCCCCUGUACUAUGUGUCUCUGGUCAGUCUUUUGGUCAUCUCCUGUACUGUGUCCGCAGUCUCUGGUCCUGUACUGUCUGCAGUUGCUGGUCAUCUCCUGUACUGUGUCCGCAGU